AUGUUCAAUGUGAAUGAAGAAGAUUUUAAGUUUGAUUUUGAGGAAGAGCCGAAUGCUUUCGACAUCAACCAUCAACGUGAUUAUGAAUACAAUUAUGUGGAAGAUGCUGAUGUGUAUGACAGAGUUGAGGUCGAAGAUUGUACUGAUGAGGAGAGUAUGAAUGAAGAUACCUCUCAGUUUCCAACAUUGAUGGAGUUUUUCACUGAAGAGAAUCGGGAUGAACUUAGAAGGAAAGUUGUUGAGAUUCUUAAAGACAAAAACUUUGAUGGCACCACAAAAGAUCCACUGAAGGAAAGAAAGAAAGUUGAACGUGAACGCAAAAAGCUGGAUGAAAACAGAGGAAAAUGGAUGAAGCAACAGGCUGAAGAAGAAAAGAAAAGAAAGAAAGAUAAUGAUAAGCUGAGGAACUUGCUUAGGAGGAAGCCUAAGUCAAGAGAGGAAACUUUCAAGUCACUCUGA